AUGAAGGAAUAUUCAAACAUCCAGAAAGAACUAGAUAAGAAUGAAGAAUACCAAAAUAUAAUAUCUUUAGAGCCUUUGAAUGAUUUAUUUAACUGGAAAUCCACAAUAAGAGGACCUAAUGGGAGCCCCUUCGAGAAAGGGAUAUGGGAAAUAAAGAUACGUGUACCUCAUGAUUACCCAAUCUCACCACCAAAAAUGGAAUUUGUUAACAAGAUAUGUCACCCAAAUGUGAAUUUUAAGAAUGGUGAGAUUUGCUUGGACAUUUUACAAGCACAAUGGACUCCAGCUUGGACAUUGUUAUCCACAAUGGUUGCCAUCAUUUUAUUGCUACAAGACCCAGAACCAAAUAGUCCUUUGAAUGUUGAUAUAUCGAAUUUAUUGAAGAAUGGAGAUUUGAAAGGUUAUAAUGGGUUGAUAAAAUAUUACACUCACAAGUAUGCUUUGAUAUGA